AUGGGGUGGCAUGACUUCGCUGUGGUCUGGAUCCUUCGACGACAACUGGAGGGUCUUUCUCUCGAACACCAAGAAUUGAAGUUGAGUGGUUGUCGCUUUCGCGCGAAUGUCUUUCCUUGGCAGGAGGCUGUACCUAUUCAUAAAUGCAGUGAGGCAAAGAUAGAUUUGCAAAAUAACAAGGGAUCCAUUUACUUCUCUCGACCUGCUGUUGGCUUGGAUAAAAAUGGCUUCCAGUUCCAAUGGUAUUGGAACCUCGCUGGCCCAUUUCUUCUGAACAGCUCAUUCGGAACACACAGUUCCAAGGACAAAACGGCUUGCAAUAUGCGCCCUAUAGGCAUGCAGGCCGCAGAACCGGCUGCUGACGAGAAAGAACGACAAAAUGAGAAUGGCGAAUCAUAUCAGAAGGGUACAGUAGACCAGAUCAGGAGGGGUACAAUGGGUUCCCAUCGAGAGGCUAGGAGCGAGAAUUCGCAGAUUCUACAGAAUAGAGGGUAA